AUUUUUCUCCUAUACAAUUCACAUUCUUACAUAAAUACAUAAAUAUACAUAUAUUUUUAAAAGUAAAAGGCAAUUUUUAUCAUGUUCGAAGAUACGCUGCUCAUCAUAAAGGCCGACUACAUGCUCAAGUGCAAGCCAGUCUUGUUGUAUUUGUUGCAGCGUGAAUUCCUGAUCAAGGGUCAACGGAAGAUACUUUUUUCACCCGAGACAGCUGCGGAGUUUUAUAAUUCGCUGGCGGAAGAUAACGAUUUUAUGUUACAAGUUAUCUUACUCUCCAAAGGCAACAGCGAGGCUUUCAUAUUGACUAAAGAAAAUGCGGUUGAAGAUUUAAUAUGCACGAUGGUCUGCUAUUUCACCACCUCUGUCGAAAUGGAGCGCAAUGUGCAUGUCUCAAGGAGUUUGGAGUGCGCGAAUCGCGAAAUAAGUUUCAUUUUUCCAAAUUACAUACCCGAGCCCGUGCCAUUCUUUAAGCGACAUAAAUUCACUGCUAAUACUUUCAUGGGCCCAUUCAUUGGCCAACUCUAUGAAAUAGCACAAAAGUCAACCGAUGAAACGAAGAGCUGGAAGGUGCAAUUGGCUGAGUGGUUGACACUACAAAACUCCGAAUUGCCCAUUAUAAGCAAUGCCUGUGCAACGAAGGGCUCACUUUUCCUUGAAGACAAAUCGCAACAAGUCAAUUUAUUGACACCAACUGCGGUGAAACCUUGUACCUUUCAUACUGACGGCGCUGGCGGUGAACCUGUUUCAACAGAUGUGUCGUUGCCCUCCACGUGUUCCUCAUCUGGUGCUUCGGUUAUAAUGAGCAGUUCAUCGUGUAUGACCUGUCGUCCGUUCGAACGCACAGAUGCCGAAGUCAGUACCGAGGAUGAAUGUAAGAACGCUGAAAGAGCGGUUAAGCUUUUCGCGCCAAAAAUUGCACCGCUACGGAAUAGAAUUGAAGAGGAGGAAGAAGAAUGUGAGGAUGAAAUGUGUAUGCAGAUAUGUGAGGAUCACAUAAGACAGUGGAAAGCAGAAAUACUCGCUGAUGAAGAGCAAAUGCGUAAAGUACUACCUUAUGGUGGUGCCGGUGGCAGGGAAAUGGAGAUGAUUAACGAAGCGGAAGGUGAGGAGGAACAAGUGCUAAUGACAGAGUGAGCCCAGGAAAUUUUCCCACAAAUAUAUUUGGUUUUAUUCUUCGAAAUAAUAUUACAUUUUUGAAUCUAAAUAGUCGUGUUUCGAGUGCAGAA